AUGGCUACCCCUAGUGUCCUCACUUUUGACGCUGAGGGUCGGGCCAUUGACUUUGAGGUCUGGGUAGAUGACCUACAGCUGUUCUUACAGUGCGAUAGGGCGGACGGCCUCUCUCUCUUUGACCUCACCUCUGGCGCUUCCCCUGCCCCUGCUGCUGAUGCUGACGCCACUGUUCGCUCCCAGUGGGCCACGCGCGAUGCUGCUGCACGUCUUGCUGUGCGUCGCCACCUCCCUACCUCCGAGCGUGCGCACUUUAGUCAGUACAAGAGUGCUCAGACCUUGUACGCCGCUGUAGUCGCGCGCUACUCCUCCCCUUCCACUGCUGCACUGAGCCGUCUCAUGCUGCCGUACCUCUUCCCUAACCUUGCUUCUUUUCCCACCGUUGCUGACCUCAUUACGCACCUCCGCACUAGUGACACUCGCUACCGCGCUGCACUUCCUGCUGACUUCUGCACCGCGAACCCCCCCCCCAUGUACAUCACUCUGUACUUCCUAGUCACUCGCCUCCCUGACUCCCUUCGAGUAGUCAGGGACCACUUUCUCUCAGUCUGUCCCACCACACUCACUGUAGACCUCCUCGAGAAGGCCCUCCUCGCGAUAGAAAAGAGCAUAGUCGCUGUAGGAGCCUCUCGAGGUGACCCGCGCACCCCCAUCUUUGAGGGGUGUUCUCCCUCCCCCCUGCUGCCCUCUGUUGCCUCUGCUGCUUCGGCCGACCUUCUUGGUCUUGAGUCGGUCGGUGCGGCGUCUGCCCCUAGCGGGAGACGCCGCCCUGGCAAGGGCAAGGGGGGCAAGGGAGCUGGAGGAGCGGGCGGUGGAGGUGGAGGUGGAGGCAGUGGGGGGAGUGGGGGUAGCGGUGGAGGUGGAGGUGGGGGUGGGGGGUUCGGUGGCGGCAGUGGAGGCGGAGGCCGCGGCGGCGGUGGCGGUGGUAGCGGAGGUGGCGGAGGAGGCGGCGGUGGAGGAGGCGGUGGAGGCGGCGGCGGCAGUGGAGGCAGCGGAGGCGGUGGAGGCGGUGGGGGUGGCGGUGGAGCUGGUCGCGGGUCUUUGCAGAGGAGUGGCUCCGGUGGUGGCUCGCGCCAGCAGCAGCAGCGUGGUCGUGCGACCCUGUCCCCUCAACAGCUCCGUGAGUGGUACACUGCACGCCAGCGGGGUGGGGGUUUUGGUCCGUGUACCUACGUCCUGCGCACCGGCGACCGUGCGGGUGAGCAGUGUGGGGGUGCGCACCCCACUCCGCGCUGCUUUGGCCGCCUGACGGACGCAUGGCGUCACCAGUUCCCGGAGGCCUCCGAGAUCCCUCGCUGGGACGAGCUGUCUAGGGCGGGGGUUGCCAUCUUUGAUCUGGACUUUGAUGCUAUUCUCUCUGCCAUGUAUGCUGUGUCUAUUAGUGAUGAGGGUGACUGUUACCGGUGUUUCCAGCCCGAUCCGGGCAUUGAGACUGUUGCUCUAGGUACUGGUGAGGCUGCUGCCCUAGGUGCUUACGACGCUGCUGCUCCAGGUGCUGGUGUGUCUGCGUCCUCAGGUACUGGUGAGUCUGCUCUCUCAGGUACCGCGUCGGCUUCGGCCUCUCUCACCUUCACUCUUGACUCUGGGGCGUCUCGCUCCUUCUUUCGGGACCGCACCACACUCACGCCGCUUAGUCGGCCGGUUGCGGUGUCUCUGGCUGACCCCUCUGGGGGUCCGGUCCUGUCUCGUUUCUCCACAGUCCUCCCGUGUCCGGCGGCUCCCUCUGGCACCCUGUCUGGUCUCUACCUCCCCUCGUUCUCGACGAACCUGGUCUGGUCCUGA